GGGGAUGCGAAAACUAGUUUGUUCCUGUUUUUGUCGCAAUGUAAAAAUUUUUUUGGAAGAACAAGAACUGCCCGAGUUAAAUGUUCAUGGUGUUGAUUUCGAGUUUGAACUGAAGAAAGAAACGCCGGAGCAGGUUUACAUCAUGCUGAGAUUGUACUCCCUUGGGGCGUCCUCCAAGCUGUUGGGAUAACUUUGGAGAGGUUUUUUUCUUUCUUUUUUUGUGUGAGAGAAAUAAUCUGAAAGUUCGGCCAAAUAAGUGACCGUUGAUUUGGACACAGGGCUUUGGGAUAUCUAAUGCAAAUCCUGAAACUGAACUUCUGCUGGGCAAUCCUGAAACAGUCUUCACCUCCUCCAUCCAUCUGCUUCAUCCUGUAUGCUGACUAAACAUGCUGCUUGUCUGGAUGCUGGGCUUCCCCAUGCUCAUCUUUUCAGUGUGUGGGCUCCAACCACAGCUUCAACAUGAAACAAAAAGAAAUGAGAGUUGCCCUUUAACACUGACACCUUCUGAAAUGGUUGUGAGAUUUGGAGAUCCAGUUUUAAUCAACUGCAGCACAUCAGCCACAGAUGUUGAAGGGAUGGGCUGGGAGGCUCCAUUUGGAGGUACAGGAUUUGAGCGUCCUCCUGUUGUCACUUGGAGGGUUGACAAAGUGGAAGAGUGGACUCCAAAUCCUUUUUGCUAUGUUACUCUAAAUGAUGGAUCCCAGUGUACUGUGAGUCCACUCAUCACUGUUUAUAAAACUCCAGACUCUGUGUCAGUGUCUGACAUGGGUCGUGGUCCAAUGGUGGAGGGCAGAGAGUAUGAUCUGAAGUGUGAUGUCAUCAAUGUGGCUCCUGUUCAAAAUCUCACAGUGACGUGGUACAGAGGCAAUGAAACUGUGCUCACACAGAUGUUUAAUGACUCCACUAUGACUCCAGUAAACGCAUCUUCUACCCUGAGAAUCUCCACUCAGAGAGAUUACAAUGGAUUAACUUUUAGAUGUGAGGCUGAGCUGCACCUCGGACCCAAAGGGCCAAAGUUCCCCCCUAAUGUAACCUCACCACCUUACACUGCUGUUGUUCUUUAUAAACCAUUCAUGGAAUCUUGUCCAGACUACGUCACUGUUAAUGAAAGUGCUGCCUUCAGCAUUGACAUGUUAUCCUGUCAGCCUGAUGGGAACCCUUUUCCCACUGUUCAGUGGUUCUAUGAGGAGAAACUCAUCAAUCCAUCGAGGUCACUGACCAGGACUGACUCAGGAAAGUACACGGCUGUAGUUCAAAACAGUCGUGGCAGAAGCAACACCUCAGUUCAUAUCACAGUGGAAUACAGUCCUUCUUUCACCUGCAAAGAGCACUAUGAAAUCACAGUGAAUGAUAAACAUCAAAGUAUCUGUGAACCAGUAGGAUUACCUACACCCACCCUCACCUGGUUUAAAGAUGGCAAACAGAUGGUUUCCCCACAGCGCUGGAAAAAGAAUGAUAGUGGAAAAUACUUGCUUAAUGCACACAACACACAUGGAACAGCUGAACACACACUGUAUCUUGAAAUUUUGUAUUCUCCUGAGUUCAAGAAUGGAAAUGAAAGCAAGCAGGUGCUCCAGGGUGAAGAUGUUACUUUAAGUUGUAGUGCUGACAGUAACCCACCUUCAAACAUCAGAUGGGUUUACACACCUGCUGUGAAUUCAAAUGUGACCACUGAGGGGCACCAGAAGAUAAUCACUAUCACUAGAGCCACGUCUACCAAUGCUGGUUUUUACAUUUGUGUUGCAGAGAAUAAAGUUGGGAGAAAUACACGAUUCGUCACACUGAUGAUAAAAGGCAAUACCAGUAAAGUCCUCUUUCCAGCUAUUUGGGCUUUUCUCACUCUAUUGAUCAUCGGUCUUACCCUCCUCGUGGUCUAUUUUCACAACCGGCAAAAAAAACGUGGACAAUACAAUUUUGUUCCGGAGUGCCAAAUGUCUAAUAUAGCCAUUUGACUUUUGCACAAGCCAAUGGCAAUGCGUAGGAUCUUUGCUGCAUUCUGUUCUGCGUGUCAAACUCAUUAAUACAAUUUAGAUUUGUUAGUAUUUUACAGAUUAAUUACAUUAUUGAAUUUCAAGUUACAUAUUUAUAUAUGAGUCAUUGAUUCAUUAAAAGCUAGAAAAUGAAAAGCAUAUUUACACAUAAAUGGAUUAUGAUCCAUUUCUAAACUUCAUAGACCUGAAAACAGUAUAAAUGUGCAAAACAAUAAAAAGGUUACACUUGUGAUGCAAAAAUACUGUGUUAUCCAGUGCUAUGAAGCAGGAAACUGUUAACAGUAACCCAUGUUGUGUCCUCUAUUUGGAUUAAAAUCUGUUUUCAUGUAUUAUUUUUUAUUUCUUUUUCACUUUCCUCACAAGGCAGCUUCUUUUUAGUCGUUAAAUAUUAGAGUUUAAGUAUCUCGGGGUCUUGUUCAUGAGUGACGGGAGA